AUGCGCAAUGCCGCCUUUGAGGAGUACUACAAGGCCCAGGAUAUCGUACCCGUGGGCGAGUGGGAGGCCUUUCUGUCCACCCUCCGCUGCCCGCUGCCAGUCACCUUCCGCAUCAAUGGCUCGGGCAAGUUCGCCGACCACCUGAGAGACAAGCUGAAACAGGACUUCUUCGCCAAACUGUGCAGCGGAGAGCUCGUGGUGAGUGGCGGCCCCCCGGUCAGUGCCGUGACCCCCCCCCGGCAGCUGCCUUGGUAUCCCAACGGCUACGCCUGGCAGCUGGAGUUCAGUCGCAGCCAGCUGAGGAGGAUGCCGCUGCUGAGGGACAUCCACGACUUUGUCAAGCACGCUAACGACGCCGGCAGCAUCAGUCGCCAGGAGGCGGUGUCCAUGGUGCCGCCGCUGUUCCUGGAUGUGCAGCCACAUCACCGGGUUCUGGACAUGUGCGCAGCCCCCGGCAGCAAGACCUUUCAGCUUCUGGAGGCCAUCCACGCCAACAGCCGACCCGGCCAGACGCCCCCCGGCUUCGUGGUCGCCAACGACGCCGACUUCAUGCGCUGUAACCUCCUCACCCACCAGACGAAGCGCGUGUGCAGCCCCUGCCUGCUCGUCACCAACCACGACGCGUCCAGAUUCCCUGUGUUUCUGGCGGGGGCGCCGACGGCGGCGGCACAGGCAUCGGCGGCGGGGGGGGCAUCGGCGCCGCCUCGACCUCCGCGCUACACGGUUCGUUUUGACCGCAUCCUCGCGGAUGUUCCUUGCUCUGGCUCGGACUUGGGUUGCAAAGCACCGCAUUCGCAAGUCGGGGGCAAACAGCUUCAUUUUUGUCCAGCUUUGCGCUUAAGGAAAACAUAG